UAAUCGUCUUUUAAAUUAGAGAAAACAAAAACCCUAGUCCUUCUGAACCCUUCUUCUUCCUCAAACCUCUCCAGUUCCACCACCAUCUUCCUCUUCCUCUCCCACCACAACAACCGCGUUCCAAUGUCGAUUCUGCAUCCUCGAAGAAUCACCAUGCUCCCUUUCUGGCUCAAGUCCAGACCUACUUCCAUCUUCUCCACCCAAUCCCUCAGUACCACCUCCAAUGGCUAUGCCAGAUUCCCUUCCAAUCCCAAUCAAUGGAAUCAACCACCACCACCACACACUCCUCCUCAAAACCCCAAUUUCCAGCAACCCCAUCAAUGGAAUCAACAACCACACACUCCUCAAAACCCCAAUUUUCAGCAACCCCAUCAAUGGAAUCAACAACCACACACUCCUCAAAACCCCAAUUUUCAGCAACCCCAUCAAUGGAAUCAACAGCAUCCACAACCACACACUCCUCAAAACCCUAACUUCCAGCAACCCCAUCAAUGGAAUCAGCAACAUCCACCACCACACACUCCUCAAAACCCCAAUUUCCGGCCACCCAAUCAAUGGAAUCAACAACCACACACUCCUCAAAACCCCAAUUUUCAGCCACCCAAUAGCCACUGGAACCCUAGGACUCCAGCCCCACAAAACCAAUUUCAGAACGUGCAAGCUCCGGUUCGAGUGCAAGCUCCACCACCUUCUAUCAUUGAUUUGUGCAGGGAGGGGAAGCUGAAAGAGGCGAUUGAAUUGCUGGACAAUGAGGUCAAGGCUGAUGCUGCUUGCUUUGAUCAUCUCUUUGACUUGUGUGCUCAAACGAAAUCGCUCGAGGAUGCGAAGAAGGUCCAUGACUACUUCUUACAAUCUACCUGCAGGGGAGAUUUCAAUUUGAUCAAUAAGGUCAUUCAUAUGUACGCGAAUUGUAAGAGUAUGAUUGAUGCACGCAGGGUGUUUGAUCAUAUGUCUAGCAAGAAUGUGGAGUCUUGGCACUUGAUGCUUCGCGGCUAUGCGAAUAGUACUAUGGGAGAUGAUGCCUUGCAGCUGUUUGAGCAGAUGAAUGAGCUGGGUUUAGAGAUCACGUCUGAGACUUUGCUUGCAGUGUUAUCGGCUUGUGGUAGUGCUGAGGCUGUGGAGGAUGCUUUCCUUCAUUUUGACUCCAUGAAAAGCAAGUAUGGGAUUGAACCAGGGGUGGAGCACUACAUGGGGCUUUUGGAUGUUCUUGGACAAUCUGGAUAUCUCAAGGAAGCUGAGGAGUUCAUUGAGAAGUUGCCAUUUGAGCCCACUGUGACUGUGUGGGAGACACUGAAGAACUAUGCUCGCAUUCAUGGAGAUAUUGAUCUUGAAGACCAUGUGGAAGAGUUGAUGGUUAAUCUUGACCCAUCAAAGGCUGUUGCCAAUAAGAUCCCUACCCCGCCUCCGAAAAAGUACAAUCAUAUUAGCAUGCUUGAUGGCAGGAACAGAAUCAUUGAGUAUAAGAAUCCUAGUCUCUACAAGGAUGAUGAAAAGUUGAAGGCUUUGAUUGGGAUGAAGGAUGCAGGGUAUGUUCCUGAUACGAGAUAUGUUCUUCAUGACAUUGAUCAGGAAGCAAAGGAGCAGGCUUUGCUCUACCACAGUGAACGUCUAGCUAUUGCCUAUGGCCUCAUUAGUACUCCACCAAGAACACCUCUUAGAAUCAUUAAGAACCUUCGUGUCUGUGGUGACUGUCACAAUGCCAUUAAGAUCAUGUCCAGGAUUGUAGGGAGGGAAUUGAUUGUCAGAGAUAACAAGAGGUUUCAUCAUUUCAAGGAUGGAAAAUGCUCUUGUGGGGAUUACUGGUGAAGGAUUCAUUUCUUGAAUUCUUACAAUAUCUUGAAUGUAGUUUUUUAUUGUAGACCGGGAAGCCAUUUGUGCUUGGAAGGUUCAAUACUGCUUAUGCAGUAUGCACUGAUUUAUAAUGUAGUUGCUUUUUGUUAGAUAUUCA